ACAAUUUAGAAUGUCACGGGUCACAGUUCAUACAUUUCUUUAACUAUAUAUAAAGAAGUCGAGCCUAUGAGCAAACUAGUGUAAUCACAAAACUAAAAAAUGAACAAGUACGCCGUCCUCGUCUUCGCCCUCGUCUUGGCCUACGCCACAGCCGAACUGAUCAAACCGAUCACCGACGCUGAAAAACAAGCCUUGAAAAACGCCCACGAAAAAUGCCAAGCCGACCCCGCAACCGCCGUCGAAAAAGGUGCCAUGAAACUCAUCCAUGAAGGUAAAGCUGCCGAAGUCAAGAACCUAAAACCACAUAUUUUGUGCAUGGCCAAGACCAACAAAAUCAUCAAUGAGGACGGCAAAAUCAACGUCGAAUUUUUGAAGAGCAAAUGGGCCGAACAUUACGACGCCGCCGAUUUGGCCAAGUUGGAACCUUGCUUGGUCGAAAAGGACACCCCCGAAAACACCGCCGCUCAUUUGGCCAAAUGUCAACAUGAGGCUGUCGGUUCCAUUUUGCAUCACGUUCAUCAUUAAUUUUUUUAUUAAAUUAUAUCAAAUAGGUAUUAUUAUUAAAUAAAUAUAUUAAAAUCUA